AUAAACUAAAUAAAAUAAAUAACAGAUAUACAUAAAGUAUAUGACCUUAAAAUUAUAUAUAACAUUAUAAACACGGUUAAGGAAAUAGAAACAUAUUUAAGUUAGAUAAAAUGUGUUGUAACUGUAGACAUUUAUGCUAUUGUAAUAUCGCAGGCAUGGAGUAGAAAGGUGUAUCAAAUUUAUUCCGUCAAGCGAAUCCUGGAUUAUCGCGAUACUCUGAGUUAUAAUGUUAAAGCAAAGAUUAUAAUUAUCGGGUAAAAUGAAUUCGCCAAGUGUGAGUGAUUAUUUGUUUCUCGACUUAAUCGGUGUGGGAAGCAAUGCGACCGUUUUUUUAGCAGUACGAAAGGAUAAUCCAGAAGAAAUACUGGCGAUAAAAUGUAUCAAUGUAUCAAAAAUAUCAAAAAGUACGAUCGAAAAAAUCGUCGAGGCAAGCAAUGUACUGAAGUCAUUAGAACAUGAAAAUAUUGUCAAAUUGAAGGAAUUUUUCAUACAUGGAUCACGAAUGUAUUUUGUAUUGGAAUAUUGCGAUGGCGGCUCAUUUUCGGAUUAUCAAAUGAGUUUGUUGAAGUCCCAACAAAUCUUGCAACAGUUAGCUUCAGCAUUGCAAUAUUUGCACAGCCACAAUAUUUUCCAUAUGAAUUUGAAACCAAAAAAUAUAUUGAUCGCGACAAAACCUUUUGUCACACUCAAGGUCGGAGAUUAUGGUUUUGCCCAAUAUCUAUCUAACAAUGAAUACAAAUUAAACCUACAUGGAUCACCACUUUACAAGGCACCGGAAAUCUUAUUAGACAAACAGUUUGAUAAUCGCGUCGAUCUGUGGAGCAUAGGUGUAAUCAUGUAUGAAUGGAUUUUUAGAAAGUCACCUUAUUUUGGUCUUAUUCCUGAAUUGACGGAUAAAAUCAAGAAAUGCCAUCAAAUCGAGGUGAUAAUACCAUUGUACGCAAAAAUUUUUCUAAUUCCACAAAUACCUCGUAUUUCCAAUGCAUGCAAGAAUCUUCUAACAUCCUUGCUUCAGCACAACCUUGAAUAUCGCUUAAAAUUCGAGGACUUCUUCUCCGAUGAGUUUUUGGAUCUGGAACAUAUGCCAUGCGAGAAAAAUUUUAUAAAAGCACAGAAACUUUUACAAAACGCUAGUGAAUUGGAAUUUGAAAAAAAAUCGAAAGAGGCCUUCGAUUUGUAUUCCAAUGUUUUGAAAUAUUUGGUUCCUAUGUUAACAAAUAAGAAAAAGGAUAUAAAAUUAUGCAUACAUGAUUUAAUCUAUCGCAUGGAAGAAAUUAGAUCGGAAUUAAGAGAUGAUAAUUCAGUAAAUAUAUCUACAAGUCCUAAAGAACUGACAAAGCCGCCAAUCCAUUAUAAUAUGAUUCCGAAAAGAUUGUCACCGAUAUUAAAAGGAACUAUGAAAUAUCUCUAUCGAAAAUUACGAAAACUCAGCGAGCCUUUACCGGAAAUGUGUGAAGCGCUCGAACUAGGAGAAUCUGGCGUGUAUUAUCUUUCUGAGGGAAAUUACGCACGAGCUAAAGAAUUAUUGCAAAGGGCUUUAAAUGAAUUAAAACCGAUACUGAGGAACGAACCAUCUAGUAUCAGAAGAAAUCUACUAACACAUCAGGUGGACUUUUGGAAUAGAUUACUAAUAGCAGCAGACAGUCAUUUUACAACAACAGAUAUAUAUACAACACUUGCUGUCAAAUCUAGAGAAUUUUGCGUAAUACAAUAA